GACAAGCGGGCUGUUCUACGUAGUGAACGCCUUCUCGUUCCCACUUUUUGACGCUCCCGAGCUUCCGUAGAUAUGUCAAGCAGCAACACAGUAGUGAAAUGCUAGCUAAGCCUUCUGAGGCAGCCUUUUAUGCUGGAAGAAAAUAACCAACAACUAUGACGACCAGUGCCGAGCACCGAUCUGUCUUUGAGCUGUGCCUAAAUGAGGAGGCUCUGUUGGGACUGAGAGAAGUAAACCCCGUCCUGAAGCAGACUCCAAACACAGAUCCAGCUUUAGAUGAGUUGGAAGAUAAAUCCCUUGAGGAUGACAGACAGAGGGAAUCCAGCCUGGUUAGAGAGGUGUCAGAUAAGAUGAUCUGCUCGGCCUGCAGAUGCCCCUUUAAUAACCGCGAGGAACAGAUGGAGCAUUACAGGCUCGACUGGCAUCGGUUCAACCUGAGAUUGAAGAUAUCAGGAAUGCCACCAGUCACAGCUGAGGAGUUUGAGAGGAAGACUGGAACAGGGGACAUGUCAAGUAUCUCAGGAUCUGACUCUGAUUCAGAGGAUGAGGAUUCAGAUAGUGACGGCAGGGGAACAAACAGCAAUGUCACCAGCACAGAUAACGACAGCUCAGUUGAAACCAGUUGGAUAUCUGGCCGGCUCUUCAGCAAGGUGGUUUUCCAGAACUCAGCAGGACAGUACCUAUCAGUCUACCGCUGCAUUUUGCAGGGAAAGUCAAGCAAUGAACAAGAUCAAGUGUCCUUGCUGAAGGCCGUAAAUAAGAAGACUGUGUGGGUGGUUCUCAUGACAGGUGGAGGCCACUUUGCUGGUGCUGUUUUCCAAGGGAGAGAAGUCCUUCAGCACAAAACUUUCCAUCGAUACACUGUACGAGCGAAAAGAGGCACGGCUCAAGGACUGAGGGACUCUCAGAAUCGAAGCCAUGCACCCAAGUCUGCAGGAGCUGCUCUGAGGCGGCACAAUGAGGCAGCACUCGUCAAGGACAUUCAGGAACUUCUGGUCAGCUGGGAAGAAUACUUAAAGGAGGCCUCUGCAAUAUUUGUUCGAGCCCCAAGCUACAACAAAACGAUCUUUUUUGGUGGACGUGCAGCUCCACUGGAAAAGAAGGAUCCUCGGGUCCGUACACUUCCUUUUGCCACACGCAGGGCCACCUUCCGAGAAGCACAGAGGGUACAUGACAUGCUUUCCACUGUCCAUAUUUACGGGAAAGACACUGACAUGUCAGCUGUCUUAAGUCCAUCCAAGAAGGCCUGGCGGAGAAAAAUCCAACUCCCUGCUGAAAUAAAUACUGAUCCAGAGAAAGGAGAAGAAAACCAUGAAGACUCUGACCAAGAGGAGGAUGGUGAGAUACAGCUUGAAAUGGUGGAGCUGACAUUAGGAACUCUGGACCUUAGGGAAUCUGAAAUAUAUCCCCCCAGACAGAGGAGAAGGAAGAGGAGGAGAAGGAAGGAGGAAAGCAAAAUGCAAACCGAGGAAUUGAGUAACACAGAAGCAGACGAUCAGGAACAGGAGGUGCUGGAGGCUCCACCAGCAGGAGAGACUCCUCAAGAGACGCAGUCAAAGAGCAAAAGAAAGAAGAGAGCGCAGAGUAAGAAAAAUGAGGAAGAAGUUGUUGAUGAAUCUUGGGAGUACAGCAUGAGGGAUGCCCUGUUUACAGCCUGUAAGGUUGGGGAUGUAGACUCUCUCUGCAGGCUUCUGAAGCUACCUGGUGAAACAGCAGAGAGUGCAGAGCAAGAACAGCCAGAGAGCAACCCACCUGAUGGCUCAAGCCCUCUAACACUCCUCAAUAAGCCCAUUGACUCCUCAGGGUUCACUUUGCUGCAUGUUGCCUCAGCAGCUGCACAAAAGGUGUUGGUCAGACUGCUGCUGGACGCUGGAGCAGACCCAGCCUGCAGGGAUAAGAAUGGGCAGACUCCAUACAAUGUCACCCCUGAUAAAGACACAAGAAAUGUCUUUCGUAAAUACAUGGGAGAGAAUCCUGACAAAUAUGACUACAGCAAAGCACAGGUCCCAGGGCCACUAACGGCUGAGAUUGAAUCCAAACAGUCGGAGAAGAAGAAGGCCCAAAAGGCUUUGAAGAAACGGAGAGAGAAAGAGCAGAAGGAGGAAAAAAGGAAACUUGAGCUGGAGGCAGAGGAGAAGAAGAAGUUUGCAUCUCUGAGUGAUCGUGAAAAGAGAGCUCUGGCAGCAGAGAAGAGGCUAGCGGAGCAAGUAGCUGCAACGAGAGACAGUAUCUCUAAUGUCAAGAGGUGCUGGUUGUGUGGAGAGUCUCUGCUGGGAAAGAUACCAUUUCAGUACCUGGAGUAUUCUUUCUGCAGCCCGGGCUGUGUCCAAGCACACCGCAAAGCUAAUACCCCUCAUGGCAAGACAUGAAAAUAACCCAAGUAGGAGCAAGCUACCUCGAAGAAACUGAACCCCUGUUUCAAGUUUUAUAAUGGUUGAUUCUGUCCAAUGUGCUACCUACAAGGACAGAUGCAUACAUUUGAAAAUAACAUUUUAUUAUGGCAGAGAAUCACAGACAACUGAAUGAUCUUACAGUAUCAAAAGUUCAAGAAGUAAUUGUAUAAUUUAUUAACAGUAUCUGCAAUUUUUGGAAAUAAAAAAAGCAAUAAAAACUGCAAUAUUGUUUUUAAA